GUGGAAUGCGUAAUAUAGCAUCGAAAUUUUUCAAGAGAAUUCAUCUCAGGGAGUUAUGCGGCAAUUCAAUUAGAUCUAAGAAAGAGAAGGGCAACUUUGAAGCUGAAUGCCAAAAGUUAUGGGCAUCAAAGCCUAUGGUUUGGAAAUAUCCACAGACAGAGAGGGAUUCUGAUACUGCAUUGGAACACGUAUAUGUCGACAUGCAGACACAAGAUGGCCUUACUAAAUCUGAAAUGUUGCUAACUGGAAGUCAUAGUAACAUGUUUCGUUGUUAUGAGGUUGGAUAUGCGAAAUGGGAUGGUAUUAAAGGGGAGGAGAGUGUGCCCGAUCUUUUGCAGUCUUUGGAGAUAGAAACAGAAACCACGUCACUACAAUCACCAGGACCUAUUUGGAGCGAAUGUGUGUUUUCCAUGGACUCAAGUAUAUCUAAUAUAAGUAUACCAAAAAAGUAUUAUCCUCAAGCAACUGAUGUUGAUUCAUCAGUUCCUCAUGCUUUAAUGACUACUUUGGGAUCCGAAACAUCUGGUGGAUCUGUUUGGUUGAUAAACCUUAGAGGUCCAUUGGAUCGUUUUGACGCUGGCUCGCUGGGUCGAGGUAUGGAUGAGAUUUUUUCACUCAAAUCGAGAAUAUGGUCGGCAGAUAGCUAUUCAGAUGGAAGCCGAGCAGUAGUUGGUACCAACAUUGGAGCUGCUUUGAUAGAUAUAGAAACAAAAAGAAGGAGAAGGAUAUGCCGUUCCGAAAGUGAUGUUAUUUCGUUGCAACUUGAUCGUUCGGAAAAGCUUGUUUUAUGUGGACUUAAAAGUGGUGCUAUUGUGAUGGUUGAUACUCGCCAGAAAUGUGAUAAAGAAUGGUUUGGGGUCAUGGGAAAUGUCCAUGUGCCUUCACCAGUUUCAUGUUUGGUGGCACUUAAGCAUGAUGAUUAUUUCUUGGCCGGCUCCAUGGAUGGAACGAUAAGGCUAUAUGAUCAUCGUUUGACACAAAGAGGAGCUGUACAGCUGUACGAGGGAAAUGUGAACUCUCAUACUCGUAUCCAGAUGGGGGUGGACCCAUCAGAGAGAUUUCUAAUGUCAGGGGGAGAAGAUUUCUAUCUGCGGAUGUGGAGUAUAAAUUCUGGGGAAAUGUUAUACGAAGAUAAAUUCAUGAAUGCGGUACCAUCAGUUCUGUGCUGGCCAAGAGGAGACCCUGAGUGCAACAGAAGACCACAAAAUCAUUUCCCGGGGGCUUGGUUAGGGUCCGGGGAAGGGCUCUUUUAUGUAGAUACAUCAUGAUGCUCAACCAACUUAAAGUUCAAGAAAUCAGUUGCGAAAUUCCACUGGCACUUGCUUGUUCCCGUCGGCAUAUGUACCUGGGGAUACUUACAUGGCGUGACAAGGAUUUCCAAACUCGAUUGAUAUUUGCAUCAACUUUUAAAUGAAAUAUUUUUCCGUGUAUUAAUGCGGCAAUUGUCAAUAAAACAUUAAAAAAAUUUCAAAUUGUCUUA